GCAGCAGUCUGAGGGGCUCCCGGAUCUUGGUGAGUCCGGGCCGGGGAGACCGGGCGAUGGACCGAUUGGGGGGUGCAGCAGGUCGUUGGGCUGGGGAGAUGUUCCGAACGGCAAUCAUGAUGGCUGCUAGCCUGGCUCUGACAUCGGUGGUAGUGGCUCAUGCCUAUUACCUGAAGCACCAGUUCUACCCAACAGUGGUGUAUCUGACCAAAUCCAGCCCCAGCAUGGCAGUUCUCUACAUUCAGGCUUUCGUUUUGGUUUUCCUCCUGGGCAAAUUCAUGGGGAAAGUGUUUUUUGGCCAGCUCCGAGCAGCAGAAAUGGAGCACCUACUUGAGAGAUCAUGGUAUGCGGUCACGGAAACUUGCCUGGCCUUCACCGUCUUCAGAGAUGACUUCAGUCCCCGCUUUGUGGCCCUCUUCACCCUCCUCCUGUUCCUCAAGUGCUUCCACUGGCUUGCUGAGGACCGGGUGGACUUUAUGGAGAGGAGUCCAAACAUCUCCUGGCUCUUUCAUUUCCGCAUAAUCUCUCUGAUGCUCUUGUUGGGCGUCCUGGAUUUCCUGUUUGUCAGCCAUGCCUACCACAGCAUCCUCACCCGGGGAGCCUCCGUCCAGCUGGUCUUUGGGUUUGAGUAUGCCAUCCUCAUGACCAUGGUGCUCACAAUCUUCAUAAAGUACAUUCUGCAUUCAGUCGACCUGCAGAGUGAGAAUCCAUGGGACAACAAGGCCGUCUACAUGCUGUACACGGAGCUCUUCACAGGCUUCAUUAAAGUGCUGCUGUACAUGGCCUUCAUGACCAUCAUGAUUAAAGUGCACACUUUCCCUCUCUUCGCCAUCCGGCCCAUGUACCUGGCAAUGAGGCAGUUCAAGAGAGCUGUGACUGAUGCCAUCAUGUCACGCCGCGCCAUUCGCAACAUGAACACUCUAUACCCUGAUGCCACUCCAGAAGAGCUUCAGGCCAUGGAUAAUGUGUGCAUUAUCUGCCGGGAGGAGAUGGUGAUGGGUGCAAAACGCCUGCCAUGCAACCACAUAUUCCACACCAGCUGCCUGCGUUCCUGGUUCCAGCGGCAGCAGACCUGCCCCACCUGCCGCAUGGACGUCCUCCGUGCCUCCCUCCCCACUCAGUCCCAAACGCCACCCGAGCAACAGGAGCAAGCGCAGCAGCAGCAACAGCAGCCACCGCAGCACCAUACUCCACUGAUUCCCCAGCCGCCUAACUUCCCCCAAGGAAUCCUGCCGCCGUUUCCUCCUGGGAUGUUCCCUCUCUGGCCUCCCAUAGGUCCAUUUCCUCCAGUGCCUGGUGUCCAGCCACCCAACAAUGCAGAGAAUCCCUCUGCUGCUUCCAGUGCACCCUCCACUUCAGGCAUUCAGACAACAGCGAGUACCUCGAGACCUGGUGGUGAUUCAGCAUCUGGAUCUGACACUGCCCCUGUGGGAGCAGUGCCUGGCUUUCCCUUCCCUCCCCCGUGGAUGGGAAUGGCAUUGCCACCUCUAUUUGGCUUCCCUCCCAUGCCUGUGCCACCCGCCGGGUUUGCUGGGUUGACAGAUGAAGAGCUCCGUGCCAUGGAAGGCCAUGACCGGCAGCAUCUGGAAGCCAGGCUCCAGUGUCUGCAGAACAUCCACACGCUCCUAGAUGCAGCCAUGUUACAGAUAAACCAGUAUCUCACCGUUCUGGCGACCAUUGGGUCACCCCGUCCUACGCAGCUGCCAAGCUCCCUAAACACUUCGACCUCCUCUCAAGAGACACCCACCAGAGAAUCCACCACUUUCAAUUCACCUGACAGUACCUCUUCCCCAGGGACCUCUCCAGCAGUGGCAGCAGUGGAACCAGACUCAACAGGUCAAACAGAUGAUCCAUCUGGAUUGGUGGGUGCAGAGGGAUACACAGAGCCAGCCGGGCACGAGGAAGAAGAGGAGCAGCCUUUACCGGGGGAGCCUGACACAGCUGAGCUUCGCAGGCGCCGGCUUCAGAAACUGGAAUCCUCCUCUCCCCCUUCCCAUUGACACCCCUCCCACCCCCCUUUCCUAAGUACCUUGUCUUGCCUGGGUUACCGUUUGACACUGACUUUUUCUUUUGAAAAGCAGCGUGUGCGGUGGUGGUUGGGGAUGCGACAAGAGAAAUGAGACUCUGCUAUCGCUCUGUUUAGAAUGUUCUAACCUGCACCAAGUGCUGACUUGACAUGAGAGUGCUAGGGCCGCUAUGCUGGGGCUCAGAAUUGACUCUUUAAUCUGCCAUGGUUUCUAAUUUAAAAACAACAACAACAACAACAACAAAAACCCACCGCCCAGUCUGCAGCUGUCCUCUCUCUGAUGUGGAGAUUCAGUCAUACCCACCUGUGCACUAACUGUUCUAAUUCCAGAGCCUUCCCAGCAGCAUUCCCUGAAAAGCAGGGUCCUUCUACAAAACACGAUGCACAGGGCUGAGGUGGUCAGACCCCAGGGACUUCCGUGGUGUGCCACUUAACUGCAGUGGGCAUAUCUAUCGUUUAGAAAGCUGCCCUUCCUCCCCCCAUCUGCCUAACAGGAGUUGGGUGGUAACUUCUCAAAAUAGUUCUCUUCUGCUUUAACCCGGUUCUUUCUACCUCUGUGGCAUUCAUAUGGCGGCUGGCCUCCAUCCUCAAGCAAUGCCUUCUGGGCUCAUCCUAACAAUGUUAAUGUCUAGCUGAAGGAAGUCCAUAAGAAACAUUCUCCCAUCAUGAAAGGGGGAAAGAGGUGUAUUUCCUUAACAAACUACCCAUGGAAGGAUACCUGUAAGUGAGCAUAGUCUCAGCUUUAUACGUAGGAGCAAUGUAUGUAGGUGACUCAGUUCAAGGUGAGAGGAGUUCAUGAAACACACUUGUUGUCCCCUGCUAAUACUCAGCCAGAACUCCCAAGACAGUUAAGCCUAAGGAUGGCAGGAUCCAGACCCUAGGUGUUUCUGGUAGUCAUUGCUAGUUUGGCUUGGUUUGUGGUGGGGUAAAGUUAAAACAUCAACCAUCACUUCUGCUUCAUACCUUUUUUUGAAUUUAUUUUUGUUGAGUGAGGAGCACUGAAUGGAGCAGUGGACGCUGUGGGAGAGUUGUGAGAUUGCUUUAAAGUCCAUUUUUAACUUUAUUUUCUCUCUGCGUGCUCUAGUGUGGGUGGAGAUCAACAUUCUGCAUCAUCUGAGGAAGCCCAGUGGGGGCUCUCGCAAUCUAGAAUUUAACUUAGUGCAAAUGACUUCAGUAUUGAUCACAAACUGUGAUGCUUAAAGAGUUUUAUCCAAAUGGCAUUGGGAUGAUCAUCUUAGAAGGGGAUGAUCGUGCAGUUAAAACCCCUCCCCUGGAUUACACUGCUCAAAUAUUCAUCCCAGCAAGAAGAACAUCUUCUGGAUGUAGAAUGGAGUCUGCUAGACCUUUGAAACCAGAGUAUUGAUUUGCCUGUGUUUAGCAAUGAAUCUAUGCUGAUGGCACAGAUAGCGAAGAAUUUAGAAGUUAGUCAGAUGUAGUUAAUAUUCCCCCCUUCUCUGUGCCCCACGACCAGAGAAGCACUUGUCAUGUUUCCCGUAUCGAAGAAUUGGAGAAGUUGCAGUAGCCAUGGCUACUCAAUGACACUUCUGGCCUUUGAUACUCUCUAAUGUUGGAGCUUUCACAUGCUUUAUUCAUCAUAGUGACACUUUAAUUGCUAAGGAGUUGAGAGAUGAAAUGCCUCUUCACCUCCAGUCUUACUUGGAAGCGAAUGGGCCAACCUCAUCCUUUGUGAUUCUACUUAAGUCCAUGCUUUUAUGCCUGGGAUGAAAAUGGCUUAUUGGCCAGGUUCAUGUUGUUCUGUCUGUAUGCAGGCCAUGGUCCCGUAGCCAUCUUCUGUGAAUUGUCCCCAUGGAUCUUGUACAGCUCCUGGCACCACCGUCAGGUUCUCUAAGAGCUGCUUUCAAGACACAAAACAGUCACCUCUGCUUUUUAUUCUUUUUUAUAGCAGUGGCCUAACAACUUCAGAAGAGUUUAUUAAGGGUUGCAUGGACUCUUGUUGAUUGACAGUAUUAGUGGUGGAACUCCUAUAGGAAAAUACCUUUACUUUGGAUAAAUAAGUAGAAACUUCCCAUUAGCAAUGAGACCCUGCUCAUCCAGUCUGUUUUACUACCAAGACUCUGUAGGUCAAUUAAAGGACAUUAGGCUAAUUGAUAUAAGAACAUAUGACUUUAUGGGUUUGUUACUUGUAGCACCUUCACAUAUGUUAGAUUUUUAGUAACUCCUCUGCAAUCUGUCCAGCCUAGUUCUUUCCCCAGAUCCUUGCUUGCAUACCAAUGCACCUUAAAAGACUAACACCAAAUUCAAAAAUUUUUGGAUUGAUGUAAGCAAGCAAUUAAAGCGUGGUCAUGGUUAUGGACCAUGAGUUUGUUCAGUCUGUUAGUAAUCAGCUGGAAAAGGCUCUUGGCUACCUUGGCCAUUAUGAUAGGCUACUUCUGUCCCUUUUUGUGUGAGCCUAUAUAAUUUUAAAAACAGGACAAAUAGGUUAAGACAACAGGCAAGGAUAUUAAAGUCCUUAAACAUUGUGUUUCAGAAAUGUAAUUUGAGAGGACUAAUCUGACUUGUAAUUGUUUGACACGUCUCCUGAGUGUAAGUCAUGACAGGGGGAUCACUUAAGUGACUUAGGAGCACCAGUCCUGUUGACUUUCAGUGGGACGGUGCUCCUAGAAGUCCCCGAGUGAUUUGAAAAUCCCAUCCAAUAGAGUUAUGUGAACUCACAUACCUAAUGCAAACAUAAUACAGUAUACGCACCCCUGUAUCUAAAGGGAUAUCAACUUAAUGGGGAAGUAAGCCAUGGGCUGGAUUUAGAUAGGAGAGGUAAUGAAGGGUUAAGUAAGCAUUUUUAGUAUAAGGAAGAUGCUCUGCAACAGGCAAUAGAUUACAUUAUAGAACCAGCACUGAAUGAGUCGUAAAAUUCCUCUCCUCC